AUGGAUUCGGUUUUGAAGAAAGGCAAUGAGAAAAAGAGGAGUCUAAUCAGUUCCGAGAGUUGGGUGGUGAACGAUGAGAGAAAAAGAAGGAAGCAAGAACAUGAGGUGCUUGAACAGAGCAAGUAUGGCGAUGGAAUGGCAUGGUUUAGAGGUUGUUUGAUUGGUAAAGGGUGUUUUGGGUCUGUAUUCCUUGCGAAUUUGAAGAAACCCAAAUCGAGAUACAGCUCUUAUCCAUCAAUUAUGGCUGUGAAAUCGGCUGAGGUCUCUGUUUCGUCUUCAAUUCAAAAGGAGAGAGAGGUUUUGAAUAAUCUCCGAGGGUGUCGUAAUGUGAUCAGAUGUUUUGGGGAAGAGAUUACAACCGGAGAGAAUGGACAAAUGGUGUACAAUUUGCUGCUGGAGUAUGGCUCCGGAGGAACCCUAGCUGAUCUCAUCAAAAAAUCCGGUGGAAAUGGGUUGCCGGAAUCGGAUGUCAAACGUCAUACUAGGUCAAUUCUUCAUGGAUUACGUCAUAUACAUCAUAACGGGUAUGUCCACUGCGAUUUAAAACCUGAAAACAUUCUACUCAUCGGUAGUUCCUCUAAUGGUGAUUUCACGGCUAAAAUUGGCGAUCUGGGGUUAGCAAAAAGGGCAAAACAGAGCAAGAUAAGCAAAAGUCGUCCGUUAUCAGAGAGGCACCUCGAUGUAUUUUUCGCCGGAAAUUUUAACCGACGGCGUCCAAGAAGCUCCGUCUGA